GAAAUUAAAAUCUCAGUCUCGCCAGUCCCGUUAUUUCAGACCCCUUUGAGGAGAGAGCUGGGCGGCCCUUCUCCCUGGUUAUUAUUUGUUAUUGUCGCGAUGGAGUCGGUUCGCCAUCAGCGCCUGCAGCCCGGGAUUGGGUUUGGAGUUGCGCACGGAACCGGGACGCUGCGCUCCCCUCUCCGGCCUGGGGUCGCCGCAGCCCCCCAGCCCCCGCCGCUCUCAGCCUGCCUGACCGGCCCGCCUCCGCCGCCGCCGCCGCUCCAGCUGCACAGCCUCGGUCCGGGCGCGGCGGGGGCGGCGGGGGUGGCCGGGGUCGGGGCGGGCAGCACCGGGGGGAGCCCCGCUGUUCUGAGGGAGGCGGUGGAGGCGGUGGUGCGCAGCUUUGCAAAACACACGCAAGGAUACGGACGCGUGAACGUGGUGGAGGCGUUGCAGGAGUUCUGGCAGAUGAAACAGUCCCGAGGGGCAGAGCUGAAGAACGGCGCCCUGGUCGUCUACGAGAUGGUGCCUUCCAACAGCCCCCCCUACGUCUGCUACGUGAGCCUGCCCGGGGGGAGCUGCUUCGGAAGCUUCCAGUUCUGUCCCACGAAGGCGGAGGCGCGCAGGAGCGCUGCGAAGAUCGCUCUGAUGAAUUCGGUGUUCAACGAGCACCCGUCCCGCCGCAUCACCGACCAGUUCAUUGAGAAGAGCGUCUGUGACGCCCUGGCCUCCUUCAACGUGAGCGAGCAGCAUUCACUAUGAACUAGGAUGCUGUGUAUAAUAAUAACACUGCUAGAAU